CACACACACACACACACGCACACUUGUAGCUCGGCUCUGAAGUUCAAAGAUCGUUGCGAGAUCAGAGCGAGGUGAGAACUGCUGGUGUGUGUGAGAUCUGACUGAGGGAAGAGUUUUGCAGGUGCACAGUCGCGCUGAAGGCCGAGUUCAAGAUGUCUUCCACAGAUACAAGAUGCUGCAGUUGUAUUCGCUCCUGCCCCAAACCACAAGGCUUUCUCGCCUCCGUUAUCACAAAAGGUCUGCUGGCUGUGCUGCUGUUCGGUGUGUGUUGGGCUGUGUUGGGGACAGAGUGUGAGCCAGGACACAACAUAUUCGGUUUGGUGAUUCUGUUUCUGAGUGCAGUGUGUGGAGGGAAACUAGUUGGAGCAAUUAUACUGCCAAACCUGCCCCCUAUACCACCACUGCUGGGUAUGCUGCUGAUGGGUUUGGUGCUGCGUAAUGUCCCGUAUGUGAACGAAGCUGUGUUUAUCGAUCAAAAAUGGUCUUCAUCACUUCGCAGCAUUGCUCUUGCUAUCAUCCUCACCCGAGCUGGACUUGGCCUGGACCCUGCUGCUCUGAGAAAGCUGAAGGCGGUGUGUUUAAGGGUGGCUGUGAUUCCCUGCACUGUUGAAGCCUGUACUGUUGCCUUGAUAUCUCACUUCCUCAUGGACCUGCCUUGGAUUUGGGGCUUUAUUCUAGGGUUUGUGUUAUCUGCUGUCUCCCCUGCAGUUGUUGUUCCCUCCAUGUUGCUCCUGCAGGCUGAUGGUUUCGGGGUUCAGAAGGGAAUUCCAUCACUCCUCAUGGCAUCAGGAAGCUUUGACGACAUCCUCGCUAUUACCGGAUUCACCACCUGCCUCGGGAUGGCGUUCAGCACAGGCUCCACAUGGCUCAAUUUGGUGAAGGGACUGUUGGAGGUGGUGGUUGGGAUUUUAGCAGGAGCGAUUUUGGGUGUUCUCAUUCAUUUCUUCCCUAGUGAAGAUCAGGCUGAUCUGGUGUUGCGGCGCUCCUGCAUGUUGUUGGGUUUGUCUGUGUUCUGUGUGUUUGUGAGUCAUGUGGCUGGUCUGGGUGGGGCAGGGGGACUGAGCACGCUUGUCCUCUCCUUCAUCGCCGGAAUCAGCUGGGACAAAAAAAAGGCCCCAGUAGCAGCUGUUGUUGGGAGGUUUUGGGACAUUUUUCAGCCACUUCUCUUUGGACUGAUUGGUGCCGAAAUCACUAUUUCUGCACUCAACGCUAACACUGUGGGUUUAGGAACAGCCGCUCUUUGUGUUGGUGUUGUUGUUCGUGUGUGUGUGACGUUUACCGUUGUUCUGUUUGCCGGUUUUAACCUGAAGGAGAAAGUCUUCAUCUCUCUCGCAUGGUUACCUAAAGCUACAGUACAGGCAGCCAUAGGUUCCACAGCCCUGGACAUGGCACGUAAUCUAGGAGACGAGCAGCUGGAACGUUAUGGAAUGGACGUGUUGACGGUGGCGGUGUUGGGCAUCAUGAUUACAGCUCCCAUUGGUGCACUCGCUAUCGGAUUAGCUGGACCCAAACUGCUGCAGAAAUACACUGAGAUAGAGGAGACAAACACACAAGAUAAAGCUGGAGACGUCUCACCUUCAGAACUACACACACCUCAGGCUGUGGAGAGCAAACUAUAACACACAUACACACACACACACACACACACACACACACACUGGCUCUGCAUUGUUUUAAAUUUACUUUUAAUUGUUAAAAUUGGAUUAACAUUAUUUAAACACAAAACAUAAUUAUUAUUUAAUUAUUUAUUAAAACAUAAUUCUAAUGUCAUUUAUUUAUUUUGAUUAAAAAAGUAAGAUAAAAUAAAGCUGAGCUGUUGGAUAGGUGUUGAAUGGUGUGUUUGUGUGUGUGCAUUUCGAUUUUAAAUUUUCUGUUCUGUAGAACUGGGAGUUAACUAGAACAGGAAGUAAUGACCAAAUCAGGAAAUCGGUAACAUUAAAAUGACCAAAUAAGGAAAGUCAAAUGAUUACUGGAAUAGGAAUGAUUUUUAACAUUUGAGUGUGUGUGUGUGUCUAAGAGGGAUUUAUAUGUCUGAGUGUGUGAACUCUGACACACAUCAAUACUGUAGUCUAAAGACUGAUACAGGAUCUGUUUUACACACACACACACACACACACACAGACACACACACUUUUGGUCUUGGUCUUUGGUUAAUUACACUUGUUACCCAACUGUGAUUCACUCUUAAAGCCUGUGUCUAGUCUCUUACACACACAUGUUCUGGUAUAUGAGCAGUGUGAGUAGAGGAGUGUGUGUGUGUGAUCAUGGCACUGAUCAGAAGGUGUGAGCUCCUUUGCGUUUCUUUCUUCUUAUAUGCCACCUCAUCCACAGGUCAGUAAACACUGCAGUGUGUGUGUGUGUGUUUGUGUGUGUUUGGGUGCAUAUGCUUUAUUGUUCACAACAUUUUAUCUCUCUAUCUGUCUAUCUAUCUAUUUCUCUGUCUAUCUGUCUGUCCUGUUUAGAGCUGGAGUAUAAACCUCAGAGAGACUCCUGGUUAACAGGGUUUGAGCCGAUCAGCAUUGACGGCGCUGCUGUGACUCCGCCCUGCCGAGUGUUCUGGGUGGAAAGUGGACCAGAUGAGACACUGAAGGACAGAUUAAAGCCUGUAAUAACGAUAAAGACAGCGAAGUCCAGCAUGAAAUAUAUCACCACCUCUUACACACCGAAACCAAGCCACAGCUCUAAAUGGUUGCUGGGGAAGUUCCCAUCUCGCAGUGCUGCAUCCAGCCUCAUGGAAGCGCUACAGAGACACCACUUAGUUCAGGGAUGGAAUUUUAUGCCCAAUCAGAGACAAUCAGACUCAUCAUCAUCAUCAUCAUCUGAAGAGGACUAACCAUGGGCCAGGACAAAUCCUUAUCGCUAAUGCUGCAGGAUGCAAGGCAGGUUACAGAGCGGCUCUAUAGAAGAUUCUGUGGGAAAUGUGCGACUUUAUUUUAUAUUUUGUUACUAAUUAAGAUUUUAUUGCAUAUAUUGCGCUAGCUGUUUAUGUUCAUCUUCCACCAGUGAUAUACUUUACACAUGUACUUCAGAAUAAACACUGCAAGCUGAAUGAACAGAAUAUUUAAUUUAGUAAACUUCUCACUGUUUAUUGCUCAGUUCUAGCAUGGCCACUAGUUUGAGAUUAUGAAAGUAUAAAAUAAAUUAUAAAACAAAUAAAUGCAAAGCAUCCACCGAUGCUCGGUCACUAUGAAGUGUUCAGUGUC